AUGGCCUCCGAUGUCGAGAUGCGGCCCUCGCCGUCCCCCGCCACAAGCCGCCGCUCCUCCUUCGCCGUCCCCACCGUCCCUGUCGUCCACGCUCAGCCCUCCAGCGUCUCCAUCCCGCUCCUCGUCCACUCUCCCUCCCCCGACUCUCCCGGCCCCUCCCAUGGCCCGCCCUCCUCCGCCUCCUCUUCCGCUCCUCCCCCAGCCACAACCCCCACCGCCGCCGCCGACUCCGCCGCCCCCACGCCCUCGUCACCACUCACCAAACCCCCGUCCUCCGCUGCCGCCCCCUCACCCUCCGCCUCCGCCUCCACAACAACACUGAAACCCGCGUCGUCCGCGAAACCACGCUCGACAAAGCCCCCGCGCCCGCGCUCCCCAUCGCCGUCCCCGCCCCCGCCCGUCAUCCCCCUCCGCACGAUCCGCCUCGAGAUCCGUCUCGGCGGCCCGAGUAACUACGAGGUCGAUAUCCGGCGCCAGGCGAAGGAAACGGGGCAGCGCCCGCCGACGCCGCCUGUGGUGGUGAAGCGCGCUGUGCCCGACUCGAGCGAUGAGGAUGACGAGGAGGAUGAGGGCGGGGCGAGUGCGAGUGCCGGACCGGGGAAGACGAAGAAGAAGAAAAAGAAAAAGAACCCGGCGUCGGAGUACUACGACACGACGGACCCGUUCAUCGACGACUCGGAGCUCGCUGUCGACGAGCGCCAGUUCUUCGCGCAGACGAAGCAACAGGGGUUCUACGUCUCCAGCGGCGAAGUCGCGCUGCUCAAAGACAAGACACCAAAGAAGCCCAAAUCGAAAAAGAUUUCGUUCGCAACGGGCCUGCCGCCUUCGCUGUCCGCGGCACUCCCCACCACGGCGCACAAGGGGAAGAGCAUCGAGGGCACCCGCGAGGCACCUAUCACCAUCGACGCCGAACCCGGCACAUCCGCAUCCACAUCCAUCUCCGCACCCGUAGGAUCCACUUCCACCAGCGUCAACGGCGCCAAAUCCGCUGCUACUGCUUCGACAUCAAUAUCCACAAGCGGCGCACCGGACGUGCCGCCACACACACUCCUCCCACCUCCCCUCGCAGGCGGGGGCCAGAAGCGUAAGCGGCAGAAUAGCUUUAUCACAGAGACAGGCAAGCGUAAACGCGUUGUGGACGAGACGCUCUUCCACCCGUCUCUGCAAGCCGCGCUCAAGGAGAUGCGCGAGCUGAUUAAGAAGGAGAACUGGGAGAAUAAGGGCAAGUUCCCGCCGGCGCUCAAGGCGCCGCUCGCGCGCAUGGCGGUGUUGGCGAUUAAGCUGGAUGAGUAUGAUGAUGAUUUUUUUUCGUUGAUGCCGAAUUUGUUUCCGUAUAAUAAGUUUACGAUGACGAAACUCAUUAAACGCACUGUAUUCUCCGACCACCUCGCACUGCUCACCGAGCGACAAGACACACUCCUCGCGCAGCUCAAGCAGCUCGCAGACGACGGGUUCGAGCGCGCCAAGGAGGAGUGGGAGCGCAACGUCGUCGCAUGGGAUAAAAGACAGGAGAAGAUCAAGGCUGCUGGCGGCGGCGGCGCUGCAGGUGGACAUGAAGGGACGGGAACGGGGAGUGAGGCGCCGACGAGGCAUGGGACGGAGGAGAUGGAUGUUGAUGGGCCUUCUGGGACACAGGAGGAUAAGGAUAAAGAUAAAGAUAAAGAUAAAGAGAAGGAUAAGGAUAAGGAUAAAGAGAAAGGGGAAGGGAAGGAGGGGAAGGAGAGAGAGCAUGGGAAUAAUCCGCCUGCGAGACGGUAUAGGAUGACGGAGCAGAUGAAGAAUAUUGUCUGGGAGCUUGUGUUGUUGAGCAAUGAGUGUUGUCGGUUGGAGAAUGAGAAGAACUCGUUGGAAGGAUCCGUGGUGCAGAUCAGCGAUCAGGGGUUGAGGAAGGUGUUGUACCAAAAGAUUGUGAGUGCAUACCCCGAUGGAUGGAUGUCGUCUGGUCAAAUUUCAAGAGAUGUGAGCGCGAUGAAGAAGAAGUUGGAGAGGGAGGCUAUGGAGCAGGAGAAUGAUGAUUGA